UGCUCUGAGCUGAGAGUUGUGAUGUGCUUGGACCAUUCUGUUGGAAAACAGGCUCUAAAGCUAACACAGCUUCUCUGAAGAACAGCAGCAAAGGGGCCUGCAGAGCUAGGGGCUGCAAACACCUUCAGGACUGCAGUUCUCCCUGUGAUGCACUAUGAGGGUGACCCAGCUACCCUACGAUGGGCUGUGGAGCAUUUUGCCCUAAAGUAUCUGAAUUACAGGAAGAAGGAAUAAAUGCCAUUAACUUACCUCUCAGUCCAAUUCCAUUCGAACUAGACCCUGAGGACACUAUGCUAGAGGAAAAUGAAGUCCGAACAAUGGUUGAUCCAAAUUCAAGAAAUGACCCAAAAUUACAAGAACUAAUGAAGGUAUUAAUUGACUGGAUUAAUGAUGUGUUGGUAGGAGAGAGGAUUAUUGUGAAAGACUUGGCUGAAGACCUGUAUGAUGGACAAGUACUGCAGAAAUUAUUUGAGAAACUUGAAAGCGAGAAGCUGAAUGUUGCUGAAGUUACUCAGUCUGAAAUUGCUCAGAAACAGAAGCUACAGACAGUGCUUGAAAAGAUCAAUGAAACCCUUAAACUCCCCCCAAGAAGCAUUAAAUGGAACGUUGACUCUGUUCAUGCUAAAAGUCUCGUAGCAAUACUUCACCUUCUGGUUGCAUUAUCACAGUAUUUCCGAGCACCCAUCAGACUCCCAGAUCAUGUGUCCAUUCAGGUGGUGGUCGUGCAGAAACGCGAAGGAAUCCUCCAGUCUCGACAAAUCCAAGAGGAAAUAACUGGUAACACUGAGGCAUUAUCAGGAAGGCAUGAAAGAGAUGCAUUUGACACUUUAUUUGACCAUGCUCCAGACAAACUCAAUGUAGUGAAAAAGACUCUCAUCACUUUUGUGAACAAGCAUCUGAAUAAAUUGAAUUUGGAGGUCACUGAACUGGAGACCCAGUUUGCAGAUGGUGUGUACUUAGUCCUGCUAAUGGGUCUUCUAGAAGGCUAUUUUGUUCCUCUGCACAGCUUUUUCUUGACUCCUGAUAGUUUUGAACAAAAGGUCCUCAAUGUAUCCUUUGCAUUUGAGCUAAUGCAGGAUGGUGGAUUGGAAAAACCAAAGCCAAGACCAGAAGAUAUUGUAAAUUGUGACUUGAAGUCUACACUGAGAGUACUGUACAAUUUGUUUACCAAAUACAGGAACGUGGAGUGAAGAAUUGAUUUGGGUCAUAAAGGAGUAUUAACAAAGAAGGCAUCAUAACUAGCAUAUUUUUCAUCGAUAUUCCUCUGCAUCUUUAUCCUAAAAGGAACUAAACCAUUUAUCUGAAGAAUUUUUCAUUGAUUUUUCUUGCACUACUAUUCUAAUAGUAGAUUUAAAACUAAGAUAACUUAUGAAGAAAAAAAGUUUGGAGGAAGGUAUUUGGGGCAAUUAAUGUCUUAAUAAUAACUGUCUUCACACUAUUUUGUAGUAGGUGGAGCAACAAUAUAAAAAAAAUUAGUAACUUUAAUUCAAAUCAGCCUUUGAAGCCAACCAUAGUAAGAUUCUGUACUGAGUGUCUAUUUUAAUAUUUUUUACAUACAUAUUUUCUAAUCUGGGGAGGGGAAGAGUAUUUUCUAUCCAUGAUGAUGAUUGCAUUGUAGUUACGAGAAAGGUACAUUGGGAUAAACAGUUAAAUACUCUUGUUCACACCACAGCUAAAAAGAAGAGACUUUCUGAAGCACUUAACGAUUAAUUUAUAUUUCCAGUGCUAUUAGGCUUGAAUUUUAAGGGUACAGAUUGUGAAGCGGCUGCUCAUUCCUUCAGACUUGUUAUAAUGUGUUAGUCUGCUUUAAAUAUGUGUUAUUGAGCAUUCUGCAUAUGCACACUGCAGCUUGCCACUUGGUUUUGGUCAGGAAGAGAUCUUUUUCACAAAGUACACAUUUCAGGCAAACGCACCUGUGUAAUACAGUUUCCCUAUCAUAUUUUUAUUAUUACAUGGUAAUAGAAAGUAGAAAAAUGGCUUGGUUUUCUUUUAGUAGUUUAAACACAAGAUUACCAGGUUGCAAGUUUAGAUUUAUUGCUAAAUAGGAGCUAGAAUUUGUCCCUUUGGUUGAUUUUAUGAUGAUGAAUGUAUUUUGCUGCAUUAUGUCCAACACACACACACAAAA